AUAGGCAGCAGACAAGCUCCAGCCCGCACACGGACCCCCCAACUUGCAGCCGGCCACCUCGCCCACAGCUCUGGCCCCACAUCUUCUACCACAACCAUGGCUCAGUCAUUGGCGCUGAGCCUCAUGGUUCUGGUGUUGGCUUUCUGCAUCCCUCGGGCCCAAGGCAGUGAUGGAGGGGCACAGGACUGUUGCCUCAAGUACAGCCGUAAGAGCAUCCCCUUCAAGGUUGUCCGCAGUUACCGGAAGCAGGAGCCAAGCCUGGGCUGCCCCAUCUCUGCUAUCCUGUUCUCUCCUCGGAAGAGCUCGCAUCCAGAGCUCUGCGCAGACCCUAAGGAGCCCUGGGUACAGAAGCUGAUGAAACUUCUGGACAAGCCACAGGCUCCAAGGAAACAAAGGCAGGGCUGUAAGAAGGACAAGGAUGUUUCCAAAACCGGCAAGAAGGGAAAGGGCUCCAAAGGCUGUAAGAGGACUGAAUCAUCACAGACUCCAAAAUGACCAUAAUCCAUCCAAUGGCCAGCCUGGAGCCUGGGAGGUUGCACCAGCUUCACUGGGGUUCAGAGCCCCCCAACGAAGGGACAGGAAGUGGGCCAAGAGAGAGAGAAGACUCAAGGACCCCAGAGCAGCCACCCCACGCUGGCCCUGCCACACACCUGCUCCUGCCACAGCCACCCCCAAACCCCGCCAGCUGCACACAUGGGGCCAGGCCCAAGAUGCAUGAGAGGAGUCUCCUAGAAGCAGGAGAGGAGGCAGCAGGACUGUCCCCUCAAGGAAACGUCACCCACAACUCUGGGCUUCCCCACUGCACCAUAUCUGCCUCAUAUAUAUAUAUAUAUAUAUAUAUGAUUUAUACCUAACUGAAUAAAAACAACUGCUCCAGCC